AGUUGAAAUUUUAACAUCAAAAAAAGUGAAAUUUGUAAAUAUUUACCUGUAGCCAUCCAAAAAUCAUGGAAAACGAAGCCCUGACAAAACGCAAGUCCACGGGGAGUCUCAAGGAAAAUGACGUCGCGCCACAGGAAGAAGAAGAAAUCGGGUUGAAGGCGAAAAUGACGCUCAUGAACGGCGUCACAGUUAUUGUUGGGUCCAUCAUUGGUUCAGGAAUCUUCAUUUCGCCCACAGGAGUCCUCAUGAACACAGGCAGCGUUAAUAUGGCAUUGAUAGUUUGGGUCAUCUCAGGCCUAUUUUCGAUGGUAGGAGCUUAUUGUUACGCCGAGCUGGGUACAAUGAUCAAAAAAUCGGGCGCAGAUUACGCUUACCUCAUGGAAACGUUCGGACCGUUCAUGGCUUUCAUCCGUUUGUGGAUCGAAUGUAUGAUUGUGAGGCCCUGUUCGCAAGCAAUUGUCGCCCUGACCUUUUCCGUGUACGUUUUGAAGCCAUUUUUCCCGGAUUGUCAACCCCCGGAUGAUGCAGCGAGGCUUUUGGCGUUCUGUUGCAUCUGCAUCCUGACUUUUGUGAAUUGCUGGGAUGUCAAAUGGGCGACGGCGGUACAAGAUGUCUUCACAUAUGCCAAACUUUUGGCGUUAUUUAUCAUCAUUGGAGCUGGAUUGUACUUUUUGUUCACGGGACACACGCAAUAUUUCACGUUUGACAAUACGAAACACGAAAUUACGUCGUUGGCGUUGUCUUUUUAUUCGGGACUUUUCGCCUAUAACGGAUGGAAUUACUUGAAUUUCAUAAUUGAAGAGUUACAGGAUCCCGUGAGGAACUUACCGAGAGCGAUUGCCAUCUCCUGUACACUUGUGACGGUCGUUUAUUUCUUCACAAAUGUCGCUUUUUACACGAUUUUGUCGCCCGUGGAGGUUUUGGGGUCCGAAGCUGUGGCCGUUACCUUCGCCGAUCGCUGUUUCGGGAUGUUUGCGUGGACCAUUCCCGUUUUCGUCGCUCUUUCAACCUUUGGAGCUGUAAAUGGAAUUCUUCUGACAUCAUCGCGAUUAUUUUACGCAGGUGCCUGUGAAGGACAAAUGCCCGAAAUUUUGACGAUGAUUCAAAUUCAACGACUUACCCCGACGCCAGCGGUUCUCAUCAUGGCUCUCCUAUCCUUCCUUUAUUUGAUGUCUUCGAAUAUUUUCGCGCUAAUUAAUUACGUUGGAUUCGCGACUUGGUUGAGCAUUGGAGCUGCUGUCCUGUGCUUGCCUUGGCUAAGAUGGAGACAACCCGAUCUCGAAAGACCCAUCAAAGUUAAUUUGCUGUUUCCGAUCUUUUAUUUGCUGGCGACGCUUUUUGUCGUGAUUGUGCCGAUGAUUGCGUCGCCAGUUGAGACGGGAUACGGAUGUCUCAUGAUAUUGUCGAGUAUUCCAGUUUAUGUGGUUUUUAUCGCGUGGAAGAGUAAACCGAGAUGGUUCAAUAAUAUGCUGAGUUGUGUGACGUCGUUCUUGCAAAAGGUGUUGAUGGUUUUGGGAAAGUCAAAUAAACCGGCACAAGUUUAAAUUUAGAGUUGAUAAGUUUGAGAGGAUGAGAGAGUGUUACUUAAGGCUGAUGCAAUGAGCAAAAGUGU